AUGCAAUUGAGUCAUGAGAACAAGUCGGAUAAAGAACUACAAGCUAUUGCAAUGAAUCGUUUGAUGACAAAGAAGAACAUGAAACAUUCGGAUGUACCAGGUGAUUCCAACGAACCGCAAUUUAAUCUGGUUCUGAGAACAAGCGAGUCUGAUUGCAUCAAUGCGAUACACAUCAACAGUUUAAAAACAGAACACCGCUUCUUGGUUGCGCAAACACCUCUGCCGGACGCAGUUGCUGAUUUCAUUGCAUUUGCUGUUCAAGAAAACUGUUCAUGUAUCAUUAAUAUGGAGGCACAGUUGGAAAAGCAUCAGAUCAAGAGAGAUGUGACAAUUCCACACUAUGACUAUUUGGACUGGGAUACGAAACACAAUGUUCCUAUGUCGGCACAACACUUUGUUGACUUCAUCAAAGAGGUUGAAGACGUAUCCAAAGCAUCUCUCUUGAAGGGACCGAUACUGUUGCACUGUCUAAAUGGGGCUGGAAAAAGCGGCCUUUUUUGUGUGGUCUCGACAUUACUUGAACAAUUGAAUGAAGAUAAUGAGGUCAGUGUGGUCAAUGCCGUGCAGAAAGUCAGAGCUAGAAGACCACUCGCUAUUCCAAAUAAGGAACAGUUUUACUUCUGCUACGAGUGUGUUCUCCAUUCCGUGAACGCAAUGGAUAACGCUGUGUAUUACAACAUGAGGGUAUAA